AUGUCGACGCUUAUGAGGACUCUGCGCAAUCUGCGCAAGAUCGGCUUCAAGGAAUAUGGCCACCAGAUGGCGCAUAUCGGUGAUACCAAAGCCGGAACCAUGAUCGGCAUGGACAAGUACGGCAACAAGUUCUUCGAGAACUUGGAGGAGGAGCUUCCCCUGCGAACCCGCUGGUGCGACUACAAGGACCAUGAAUUCGACCCCUCUCAGAUCGAGCCUGGAUGGCACGCCUGGAUGUCGUACAUGGUCGACAAGUCCCCUGUCGAAGACAAGCUUCUACAGCGUGAACUCCGCGUCUGGGAGCCCAAGGAGCACAGGCCUACAUUGACCUGGACGCGAUCUGGCUACAAACCCUACAGCACAGUCAAGAACAAGUACUCUGCAUGGACGCCCGUGGUCAAGGCGCGACAGUAG